AUGGCCGACGAGAAACCCAAGGAAGGAGUCAAGACUGAGAAUAAUGAUCAUAUUAACUUGAAGGUGGCGGGGCAGGAUGGUUCUGUGGUACAGUUUGAGAUUAAGAGGCACACACCACUUAGUAAACUAAUCAAAGCCUAUUAUGAACAACAGGGUUUGUCAAUGAGGCAGAUCAGAUUCCGGUUUGAUGGGCAACCAAUCAAUGAAACAGAUACACCUGCACAGUUGGACAUGGAGGAUGAAGAUACGAUUGAUAUGUUCCAGCAGCAGACAGGAGAUGUCUACUAAAAAGGGAACCUGCUACUUUACUCCAGAAUUUUGUUAUAG